UACCCAGAAUCGCGUGUAACCGAGGCCUCGUGACAAGGAGGGAAGGGGUAACCCUAAGGAGAGUGGGAAACGCCAGGCGUCGAGACGCCCGAUCAAGUCGUGCCGGUACCUCUGAAGACGUCGCACCUUGAGGAAUACCCUGAAAAUCAACUUAGAAAAGAGCACCCGUGUCUACGUUAGGAAGCGAAGAUGUCCAGGCCGAUAUUAAGCAGGCCACGCACCCGCGUUUACGGAUGCAACUACGACAAGGGGGAAUCCUACUACAAACCAAUGGUCGACCACCUUGACCGAAAGUACAGCGGACGCCCACUAUUCCCGGAAGCAAGAAGUUCCCUUGCCGAUGAGAUCGCAGCGCGCCGAAGCGACAUCGGCUCCCGCGAUCUUGCUGGUUCCCGCAACGACUCCUUUGGGCGUGACCUUGACCUUGAAUCCGAAUUCCGUCCCCGCGCCCGACCCUCGAGCGAAGUGCUCCUCGACGACGAAGACACCGUGUUCGACAGUCAUGGUCAGCGGACGCGUCGCGAUACCGCAAGCGAUAAUUUCGCCAGCGAGGUCGAGGCGACGACGCGUCGUUUCAAGGCACGCGUCGCGGCGCUGAGCUACGACGAGGACCUGGAGAACAACCGGCGCCCGAAAUACGAGCCGGGCAACAAACUCUUCGAGUCUUUCGGCGCCAGCGUAAAGGCAGAGUCUGAUCGCGCCAGGUCAGCGAUCGAGGAUGCCGAGGCGGCGUUCAAGCGUCGCUCGAGGUUCGUCAGCGAAGACCUCGUCGCCGAGGAGAGGCCGGCCCUGACCAAAUGGUCGAAGGUGGCCGGGCUCGACGAGGACGCUCCGAGUGCCGCCGCCACCAGAGCCAAGCAGACCCGAGCCCGUCUCAACGACCUGGAAACGGAGAUGGAGGAAAUCGCCGAGAGGCAAGCUAAGCGCGAACAGCGCAGCGCCGCCUUGCGCGCGUUCGUUAACGAGAACGCCGCCGCCAGCGAAAACUUGGCGAGCUCCUUCACCAGCAAGAAGGUCUCUUCGGUCCGCGCCGAGAGGGCCGAGAGGUCCGACAAGCACGUUUCCUUCUAGGCGAAGACCUCCGCUGCACCCCCGAUCGCUUUCCAACCUGCGGGCAUUGCCGGGAGACGCCUUGUCCCGCCUCCGCCUUAUCUCUUCCAUUAUUUAAACCUCAUGUAACCGGUCCUUUCUACGGAUCAACGAAUAAAGUGUUCCUCUUUGAUUCGAAAGCACGCCGCACGCGAUACCCGAAACGAGCGUAUUACUAACGAAUCGAACCGCUCCCGCGAACGCUCGUCACUUCCUCUUUUUGUCCACCUCAUUUUCGAAACCAUUUGAAUUUUUUAUCCGCUUCUACGCGGGACGAUCCUUUUUCCAUUACCUUAUGUGCACUCGAAUUCAUUUUCUCAUCUCUUUUCACGCAAUCAAUUGUUUUCUU